AUGCAGAAUCCCUUCGGAGUGCUUGGAUUUGAAACUCCGCUUUUUCCCCAGUCUAUCAAAAGAGAAUCUCAGGUUGACAGUUCCCUCUCACUCUCCAACCAAUCUGCCAAAGUAUUGCAUAACUUCCACCUUAGAAAGAGUCUCAACGCUAUGUCGUCGCACUACGGCAACUACUUGACCUUAGUGUCUCCCAAUCAACAGAAUGCACCGUACGCAGUGCCCAAGUUUGAAACAGAGAAACGCCCUCGCAGUCGCUCGUUCACUCAAACGCAACUGAGUAGUAGCAAUUCUAGCAAUCAUACUAGUACCACUAGUGCUAGUGCCAGUGCUAGUAGCAGUUACAUGUCGACCAAAGCCGUUCCACUCUCACCCGUUCCACCAAGGAACAAGAGAUCUUCUGCACCAUCCACCUCCUUGCUGCCACUCCCACAACUACCACUCCCACACCCGGUCUCACCAACCCAACGUAGACGAUCCUUUACCAGUCCCAACAUCAUUACACCUCGCAGCACCUUUGAGGAAGGCCGUCAAAGCGUGAUUGGACUUCCAUCGGAAUACCCAGCCACUGCCAUUCACAACCGUGAUGGAAGUGUGGUCUCUAGCUUUGCCAGCAGUGAAGCGAGCAGUCUGUUGAUGGAAGAACUAGAAGACUUUGAGCUCUUGUUUGGGGACGAGCUAUACGGUACUAAAGUCUACGACGAUACCUUUUCCAAUCCGAAUCCUCUCAAGUGCGAUAUCCCAAAGCCUCCUAUUCUUGGCAGUCCUCUACUUGGCAGCGAUGUAAGAGCACGUGCGGUCUCGGAUACCACCAUGGAUUCGGCUUCUACGGCAUCCCCACCCCGUAGUGGACCCUACGUCAAGUCUUUGAAACGAGAUUCUUCGACUUCCUGCGUGUCGACCAACUCGCUAUCGAGCACAAGCAGUCGCAGCCGAAGGAGACGAAACCUUGGGCUAUCCCAAACUGACUUUUCGAAGAUUACCAGCGACUUUUCUUCCCUCUCCAUGCAAUGA